AUGCCAACUCACUCGUAUGAUCGUUCUGAUUGGGAAGCCGUUGAGGACAAGAUUCCGAGUCUCCCCACAACGGCCAAUCGUUCCUCAAAAGAUGACGAGCUGCGUGCCGCUUUCAAGCUCUUUGACAAAGACGGAAACGGGGUCAUCUCGGCAAAAGAACUGCAUCAGGCGAUGGCCAACAUCGGCGAAAUGAUCACUUAUGAGGAGAUCGACGUGAUGAUUCGAGAGGCCGACGCAAACAAAGAUGGACAAGUCAACUAUGAGGAGUUCUUGAAGAUGUUCCAGAAGAUG